ACACGGACGUAAACUGCUGAGAUUCGCGUAUUUUCUCGUCAGUCAACUCACCACGGCAGCGAAGCAGUACUAAUAUGUUUUCUCGUGCUAUACACUACACACAGUGCUAUGAUGUAUAAAUAUAUACGCAGACGAGUCUGAGAGGCUGCUAAAACACAUCCACGCGAGCGCGACACAGAAAACUUUUUUCUUGCGUCUUGUUCUCGGCCGCCCGACGCGGGGACUGUUUUGUUGCAACGAAAUAGGAGGUUGAAAAAAUAACGAGGGUAGACUGGCUCUGGCACGUCCAACCGAGAGAGACAUCAGAUCUUUCCAAAACAACGGAGACGUCAGGGAAUCAUUGUCAGCCCAGCUGACGUAAAUCAUUACGGAAGAAUGUAUCGCUCGUGCGGACUGUUACUCGUACUCCUGCAUAUUGGGCACGAUGCUUCUGCAACCACAACAAAAGGCUUAGAUAAGCUUUUGGAACUUGGAACAGAGUUUUUGCAUACUGGUCGUUAUCAGGAUGCCUUGUCGUACUUUCACGAAGCCGUUGAGGCUGACCCCAAGAAUUAUAUGACGUACUUUAAGAGGGGCACAGUGUAUUUAGCAUUGGGAAAAGCUAAGCAGGCUUUGACAGACUUUGAUAAAGUAUUGGACUUGAAACCAGACUUCACAGCUGCUAGACUUCAGAGAGGUACGGUUCACCUUAAGAAUGGAGAUCUUGCCAUAGCAGAAGAAGAUUUUACUCAAGUUCUUAUGUUAUUACCUGGUCAUGAGGAUGCCUCCAAUGCUUAUUCUAAGUUAGCAUUAGCUAGAGAUUUAAUAAGUAACGCAGAAGCAUAUUAUUCACAUGGAGAUUAUGAAUCUGCUGUUGCACAUUUGUCAAGUGCCAUUGAAAUUUGUUCUUGGUCACCUCAUCUUAGGAAUUUAAGGGCAAGAUGUAGAAUACAAUUAAAUGACGCUGCUGCUGCAGUAUCUGAUCUGAGAUCUGUUGCGAGGCUCACAUCAGAUAACACAGACGCAUAUUAUGAACUUUCAACUUUACUCUAUCAGCUUGGUCUGGUCCAAGACUCUCUAAAAGAAGUCAGAGAAUGCUUGAAACUAGAUCCAGAACACGAGACCUGUUUUCCUUUUUAUAAGAAAACUAAAAAAGUAGCUAAGUUAAUUGAAGAUGCGGAGAAUGCACAUGAAUCUGGAGAUGCAGAGACUUGUAUAGAUAAAGCAAAUAAAGUUCUUAAAUUAGAAACUGAUGUAGUGAAUAUAAGGGUAACAGCGUUAGAGUUACUAUGUAAAAGUCACACUGCCAAUUCUGAUACUGAGCUUGCAAUCAAAUAUUGUCGCGAAACUGUAGAUAUUCAUAAAGAUGCAGAUAGAUUAUGUCUUUUGGCAGAGGCUUAUCUAUUAGGAGAUGAAUACGACGAUGCUAUUCGAACUUUCAAGUCAGCUUUAGACUUGGAUCAAAAUAAUCAAAAAGCGAAGCAGGGUCUGCAAAAGGCUCAGCAACGACAAAAGCAAUCGGAACGUCGAGAUUACUACAAAAUCUUGGGAGUUCCACGUAACGCGAAAAAGCAACAAAUAGUCAAAGCUUACAGGAAAGCAGCACAAAAGUGGCAUCCCGACAAUUUCCCCGAUGAAGACGAAAAGAAACGGGCCGAGAAAAAAUUCAUUGACAUCGCAGCUGCAAAGGAAGUACUAACAGAUGAAGAGAAAAGGGCGAAAUUCGACAGAGGCGAAGAUCCAUUAGACCCCGAGAGCGGUAAACAUCAAGGUGGCUUCAAUCCCUUCCAAGAGUUCCACCACUUCCAUCAAGGCAGUGCCGGUGGUGGUCCCUUCCAUUUCAAAUUCAACUUCAACUAAGUGUCUUUCUUAACAUUUCUACUGGGUAUUCUCAUCGAUUAGAUAGCACGCGAUGUCAAAUUUACGGAAUAAUACAAGUCCCGUGCUAACCGAAGAGAUAUACCGAAACAAGAAAGAUCACGCAUUUACACAACUUUUUUAAUUCAAGUCACUGCAAUUUUAGUCAAGCAGUUGCAUUUAUGCGACAAAACUUUAUUUAGGUCGAAUCUAACAAUCAGCUAUUCGACGAAUGUGUCAGUAGUUCCGUUCUGGUUAACGACGAAUGUGACGCGACGCGUGUGUACACUUAUCACCGGUAAAAUACGCGACUAGUCGAAAAUUCGUCUCCCUAUAAGUUCCAAAGACAAACUUUUUUUAAACGAUUAUUUUUCUCGCUAUGUCGAUUAAUUGUGUGAAAAAAAAACUUCCGAAAUAGACGCAACGAGACAUUUCCACACGUGAUUUUAGAGGACUGAUGUGUCGUAUCUCAUUCUAUCAUCUGUAAAAAAGCCCCCAUAAAGCGAUUGAAUCGUUGUAUGAGCUGUUGUAUCAUCGGGUAUAGGUAAGAAAAGAAGAAGAAACGCUGUUCUUUGCCUUUUAGAAAAUACAAUUAUCAUAGACUUAAUUUUUGUACCGAUAUCCGAUGCUCCUUUGAAUAUUGAGUAGUAUUUUGUUUGUCGUGGUAUGAUUGUGCGAUUGUGCGAGAGAUAUAAAUACUAAUAAUGUCACGAAAAAAAAAAUUGUUUUGUAAAUAUUAUCCUUGUAAUCGGUCCAUGAUCUUGGACAAUUGUUUAAGAAUAUAUUAUAUAUUUCAAUUAUUUAUACGAAAAAAGUC